CUGCAGUUGCAGAAGUGACUAUCUCACCUCAGUUGUGCUUCGAGAAUCUGUAUUGGCUUCAAACCUGAGAAGAUGGGAACCCAAUUGAAUUUGAUGGUUCUGCUGUCUCUCUGCGGCCUCUGCUUAACUCAAGAUUGUAACAAACAGCUUCUGGAGGAUGUGGAUUUCCCAGGAAUGGACAUCACAUUUCAAUACUCUCCAGAUGUUUACCACUGUCAGCAACUUUGCACCCAGCACCCCUCCUGUCGCUUCUUUACCUUCCUACGCUCUGACUGGACAAGAGAUGAGAGCUAUUUCAAGUGCUACCUAAAAACCACUGACUCUGGAGAAGUUGCAGCUGAGAACCCAUUAAACGGCGUCACCUCUGGGUUUUCUCUCAAAGGGUGCACCCCAGAAUUACAGCCUUGUCUGCCUAAGGUGUACCCUAAUGUGGACUUCUUUGGGGCCGACUACACUGCUUUGUUCACAGCGGACCACGAGGAGUGCCAGAGAGCCUGCACCCAGGACCCUGGCUGUCAGUUCUUUACUUUUGUGCACGAAGACUUUGUAACAGAGAGUAUCAGGUUCAAGUGCCACCUUAAAUAUAGCCCGUCAAUUCCAGUCCCUCCGAUUGUGGAAAAAGAGCCUGGUGUAGUGUCUGGAUUCUCCCAAAACAUACAAUUUCCUCAACAGUCUACCGAAGCAUGUGAGGGCAAGCUUUUUCCAGCCAUUAGCAUCCCGCAUAACAACCUCAAGACCUAUCCUGCUCUCUGUCCUGAACACUGUCGGGCGUUGUGCUCUGCUCACCCAUCCUGCACCUACUUCUCUUAUGACAGUAAUGAAUUUAAAUGUCACCUGAAGAACAACAGAGAAAAGAUGGAGACAAUAUCUGAAGAAGGAUUCACAAGUGGUUUCCCUGCACGCUUCUGUUGGCUGGAUGAGAAUUGGCUUAAGGUUGCUCACAAAGAUGUGGAUUUCCAAGGUUCUGAUAUUCGUUUUGAGGUGACGGACGAUGCAGUCUCCUGUCAGAGGAAAUGUAAUGAGGAUCCUAUCUGCCAGUUCUACACCUAUGUCACUGAAACCCAUCCGCCAGAAUACCGGCGUCACUGCUAUUUGAAACGUACCAUCACCAUGCCUGCUCCGUCUAAUGUCAAAAAACUUAACAAUGUUACAUCAGGCUUCCCCCUGAGGAGCUGUGUGAAUAUUGCUACACACCCAAAAGUAAGCAGCAUUUGAUUUCGAUUGAAGCUGCAGGGGAUUAUUUUUGUGUGUAAACAAGAGUAAUAAAACAGAUAGAAAAUCA